GUUUCUGGCCUCAGACGGCGAGUGGCAGUCGUACAACAAAGACGUACUAUUUUCUCUCUCUUUAUCCACCUGGCGGAGCUCUGCAAAAGUUGGCUAGACAACUUUUUGAAACCGCAACCAAAAACGUUCCAACCAAUAUACACGUAUAUAAAUAAAUAAACUGAACUCCUUUUACUUUUUACAUUAAAACACCCRACAACAAAAUAAAUCUCAACUGCAUAAUAGAUGACCGAGAAGGAUAACGUAUCCAUGGCUACCGUGCAAAUGAAGCCCGACUAUGCGGCUAGCGAGGUGUACAGCACCGCCAGCGAACCGCCACCGGCGUACAAGCGUCAAGCGAAUUCGGUGAAAAUAGCCAAGAUCACGGCUUUUACCAUAGUCGUAUCGUCGUUCAUACUGGGCUCAUUCAUUUUGGCCUCGUCGUAUCUGCAGGCCAAGGCCUCCUGUGAUCAGGUGCAGGCCCUGGACUCGGUGCUGGAGAAGGAGCUAAUGCUGGAAACGCUGCAGCAGGUGAGCAAGGAACUACCCAGAGCUGAAGCUUUGCUGGGCAAAUCCGAGGCUGGUGAGGAUUUGCAGAAUCUCGAUCAUGAUGAGGCCGCUAUCGAAAAGAAGACAGAGUCAAAGAACGAAGGCAUUGAGCGCAAUCUCAAUGAGCACGACAACACCUACUCGGAGAGCGAUGAGCCCGAGGAGAUGCAAAAGUUCCCAGGCAAGAUGCCGCUCGAGCUGGACUUGAGCGAUCUGGCCGCUGCCAUCCUGCGCAACAACAAGAAAUCCCGCAUGAACUGUGUCGUGGAGCGCAAGCAUGCCGAGGAGAUUGUUGACUCACCCUCGAAGACCGUGGCGCUGCCUUUUGGCGUCAAUCUGACCACCGAUCCAAAGAAGGCGCGCAUCACCGGCGAACGUAUUUCCAUUUACUGCGACGGCGGCGACGAUAAGGAGGAGAAGGAGGCCAAGCGCCAGCGUGAGGAGGAGGAGGACUCUGAGGAGGAGGUCGAGCCAAUGCGUCCCAUGUUCAUACCAUUCCAGCGUGUGCCCAUUCCCUUUGGCCGCAUUCCCGACCAGAUGCCACUCACCCACAUGCCCCAGCGCAUGAUGCCACCAGCGAUGCAGCAGCAGCUGCCCCAGCAGGGUUCGUUCAUCAUCCGCCAGCUGCCGCCUCCGUUCCAGCAUCUGCCCAUGCGCCCGCCCAUGCCACCACAGGUGAUGCAAGCCCCACGCAUGGAGGAGCAGCCACAGCAGCCCCAAAUCCAGACCGUGCGCAUUCAUAUGCACCAGCUGCCUUUCCGCCAGCUGGACUUGGGCAACGAUGUGACCCGCGAGCAGGAGGAUCAGCGUGAGAUGCCACAACGUGUGAUGCCACAGCGCGAGAUGCCACAGCGUGAGCUGCUGCAGCGCGAGAUGCCCCAGCGUGAGAUGCCACAGAUUCAGAUCCAGCACAUGCCUCUGGGCAUGGCACUGCAGCGUGUGGGCAUUACCGCCGACGAUCUGCGCAACAUUCAGCGCAUGGCCGAGGAUCGUUUCACCGACGAGCUGCGUCGCCUGACCGCUGAGGAUGCUGCUGGUUCCAAUGAGAAUAACAACGAGGAGGAGGAGGAGCACUCUGAGACAUCCRUGGCACCUGGCGAGCAGUCCACUCCAGUUGCUGCACCAGCUCAAACCCAGCCCCAGCCAAGCCAGCAACAGUCCGAGGAGCAGCAGCAGCAACAACAGCAGCAGCAGCAGCAGCGUGAGGAGCAGCAGGAGUCCAGAGAGCAGCAGGAGGACCAAAUGCCCCAUAUGCAAAUCCAGCGCUUGAUUCUGCAGCCUCUGCCUGAGCAGCCGCGCGACACCAUGACACCACCCAUGGUCGAUCAGCCACCACAGGUGCCGUUCGGUCGCAUGGUCUUCGGACGCAGCCUGGCUCAGCCCGUGCGCAUUCCCGUGCCCAUGAUGCAGCCAGCCGAGGGUGGUGCCGCCUCCGAGGAGUCUCAGCGACCACACUUCGUUCAGCCUCGUUCCGUUUAAGUAACAACAACAACACGCCUGUGAUUGCUGCUCUGUGAAUCGAAUCCUCGUUGUGGUCGUCGUCGUCGUUAUCGUUUUUUCUAUAUCAAACCGUGUAACUGUGUCGUCAUCCUUUGCUCGAUUCCAAAACAA